CCGUGGCCCUGAGCCUUCACCCCGGGCGGCCGUCACCCUGCCCCUCUCUCCGCAGGCCCCCAACCGCCAGCUCAUGACCUACUGGCUGCAGGAGCUGCAGCAGAAGCGCUGGGAGUACUGCAACGGCCUGGACAUGGUCAAGUGGGACGGCAGGACCUCCCCCACCCCCGGGGACCGCUCCCAGGGCCUGGUGGCCAGAGGCGCCCCAGAAUUCCUGUACCCACACCCCAACGCUUCCGCCGAAAAAGCCCGAAACGUCCUUGCUAUAGACGCAGCCCCCGGAGAGCUGGUGGGAGAACAGGCCGCCAGCCAGCCGGCCCCGGGGCCCCCCAACUCCAUCAACUUCUCUCUGAAGCAGUGGGGCGCCGAGCUCAGAAACUCGAUGUCUUCCUUCCGCCCGGGGAGGGCUGAAAGAACCCUGAGUGAGUCCCGAGGUUCCUCCCAUGACUCCACGGCUUUGGGGAACAACCAGCCCUGGGCCCGGCCCGGUUCAGACACACUGGACGUGUCACGUGUCUGCCCCCCUCCCCCGUGGCGGCAGGAGCUGGUGCGGCUGCUGCAGCAGACGGUGCGCUCGUCCCAGUACGACAAGUACUUCGCCGGCAGCCGGCUGUGCGACGGGGCCCCCCAGGACACGCUGGCGCUGCUGCACCAGAAGGACGACCAGGACAACCUGCAGGGGUACAAGACCCAGAACAAAUUCCUCAAUAAGGAAAUCUUGGAGCUCUCGGCGCUGCGGAGAAACGCGGAGAGGAGGGAGAGGGACCUGAUGGCCAAGGUGGGCUCGGGGUGGGGGGGGCUCCCCUCACCUGGUGGGGGUGCAGCUUGGAAGCCAUUUGGAAAUGGACUCGUUUGGCCCUGGCUGGUGUGGAACCCGGGACCCUUCGGUCCGCAGGCCGACGCUCUAUCCGCUGAGCCACACCGGCCGGGCCCUGUCUGGCCUCUUUGCCGGGACCACGCCGCUCACUGUCCCUCGUGCUCCCUCCGCAGCGAGUACGACAUCUACGGGUUCCGGACGGUCCCCGAGGACGACGAGGAGGAGCGGCUGGUGGCCAAGGUCCGGGCGCUGGACCUCCGGAGCCUGUCCCUGGCCGAGAACCAGGAGGUGUCCACGGGCGUCAAGUGGGAGAACUACCUGGCGGGCACGAUGACGCGGGAGAUGGCGCGCUCGCCGGAGCUGAAGAGCCUGAUCCGGGCGGGCAUCCCGCACGAGCACCGGUCCAAGGUGUGGCGCUGGUGCGUGGACCUGCACACGCGCAAGCUGGAGUGGCCUCAGGCCUGCGGAGAGGGUGCUGCAUGGCACCUGCCGUCUGCCCGGGGCCCCGCCCCUGCGCUCCGGGGCCGGGGUGGCACGUGGGACCCCCACCCCCACCUCGGCCUCUGCCCUCAGGUGGACCAGCGGGUGUUCCGGGACCUGAUGAGCGAGAAGCUGCCGCGGCUGCACGCGCACCUGGAGCAGCACAAGGUGGACUACACCCUCAUCACCUUCAACUGGUUCCUGGUCGUGUUCGUGGACAGCGUGGUCAGCGACGUGCUCUUCAAGAUCUGGGACUCCUUCCUGUACGAGGGGCCCAAGGUGGGGCUGCGGGCGUGGGCAGCGGGGCAGGUCUGCCCCUCAGCCGCCGGGACUGGGGUCGCCCGGCGGUUCUGGUUCCAGCUGCCUGGUACCGACAUAGGAAGUGCCCUGGGCACGUGGCCUCCAUGUUCUUUGUGA